CAAAAUGUGUUCCUUUUUUAUGAAGCUUCCAUCUUGUGGUGAGCUGUGUAAGUUCUCAUUCAAGACAUCUAGGAACUUGUAGAAGCAACUUUCUCCAUGUAAACAACAAGCGAACAAGGGAAUACGUAGGCGAUAGAUUAGAGAGUGGUGUUCCUUGAUUUUUAUGAUAAGAACUGUCUGAAUUGGUUGCAGAGAGGAACAUGCCUGUAUUAAUUGGAAGUGAACCCAUCUCUCAGUUGCCUGAAACUGUUGAAGAAAUCUACAAAAGUUUUCCUUUUUUAGAAGCGGAAGCUUUAAAACUAGUGCAAUCGCCUCUACGUGUUAUUGAUAAACCUGAAGGAGUGCUGUAUAUCACACAAAAAGAAUAUGCUGUGUUGCAUAGCAGUGAUGAAAACUUCUCAAUAGUUGGAACCGAUGAUGCCACAACUUGUCAUAUUGUUGUACUCGUAAACAGAGAAGAAUCUAGUGUGUGUGUGGCUCACAUAGACUCAACUGAUGAUUUGGAAGAUGAGUUAGCCAGAAUGGUGUUUGAUGUACUUGGUCAGCAAAAUAUGAAAAAUGAUUUUCCCCUUGAACUUUCUAUUAUGGGAGGUUACUGUGAUGAAAUGCGCAAAUCAGAAGUGUUAACCCUAGAUCUUUUACAUUUCUACAACCAAUUGCCAGUGAAAUUUCAACUUAAGUCUUUGUGUGUUGGUUCUGUAAAUACUCGGUCAAGCAACGGAAUCAACUGGCCUAUAAUGUAUGGAGCAGCUGUGAAUAUUCAUUCUGACUUUGUCAUUUCUCCUGCCAAGUUUUAUUUGAGUGUCAGAGGACCUUCCCUUUCUUUGAGAUCUUCCAGAUUUCUCAGCAGAGAAUGCUUAAUUGACAGGGUUUAUCACAGUACUGAGGGAGUUUUCAAAAUCAGCCCUUUCAACUACCGGUUUCAAUCUCAAAUGGCGGAGUGGGCGCUUAAAAGCGACGAUUUUAUCCUCAACAACUUUUCCACAUCGCCUGCUGUAGAACCAGAACAUUUUUCCAAAGAAAUGAAGGAAGUUUUCCAGUUUAUUAUUCACAAUCCCUUUCCUAUGAUCAGCAUUUUUAAAUUUAACAAGUCUCUAAAAUAUGUACCCUCGCCACAAGGCCAAUGGCUGAAACUUUAAUUCUGCUUAUUUUUUUGUUGUCCCCUAAUUUUAAAGAAAAGAAGAAUUUUGCAGUAACAACUUUAGGUUAUUAAGAAUAUUUGAUUAUGCACAACUUGUACCUUGAAAUUCGCAGAAACGAAAGUCUAACUUUUGACCCACUUAUUUUUGGUGCACAGGAACAAAUAUUGCGCAUUUAUGAAUCGUUUGUUGUUUUAUUUACUUUAGAAGUGUUUCAAAGUGAUUUAUGCCUCCUCUUCAGUCAUUUCGUGUCGUUUAGGAGUACGGCCUGUUUUAUCGCGAGAACUGCAGUGAUGGAUGGCUCCCUGGUGUAUGUUUUGUAGAUUGAAUAUUACGUAAUAAAUUGUAAGUGGCGAGGGUCUGGAGCCCUGUCAGACUGAUUCAAAAAAUAUUCUUCGCGUAUCACAUUACAAAAAUGCCGACGCGCACAGAAUUUGCCCUCGCCACUUCUUGCUUCGUGAUAUCCGGUGACCUUCUAAAACUGAAAGUGUAAUUGUCAAUGUUCAGAAGGUUUCGUGCAAAAAAAAUAGUAAUUUAUGCGUCACUUAUGUGGAGACGUAUGCAGAGUUGUAGACCUCUCAUUGUUUAAAUUACGUUGAUAUCCUUUUUGAAAAUAACGCACAGCUAGUAGUUGUUUUUUAAUGACGCACACUGCACCCCAAAUGUUUGUACCAUGUACCAAACUAAGUUCACCACCUGACCUGAAUUUUGGAAAGAAGAACUUAUUUUUAUAAGCGAAAACAGAUAAUAAUAAUUGCGUAUAAAUACACACUACUUGAAACUAGG